AAAAUCCUUUCGCAAUUCAGCCGGAAGUCAAACUUGCUAAUUUGCCUAUUGUUGUUGGCUGUAAAGGAAGUUUCCCAAGCUAUUGCGUUUGUGUUUAUUUGACCGGAAGAAGAGAAAUACGUCAUAAAAAGAGACGUGCGCGAGACAGAGAUCAUGCAACUGCAGGGUAUGGAGGAAGGGGCCAGUCUGGACUCAGAGGGAGUGAAAGACUUCAAAAUGUGUGCAGUGAAACUGGUGGACAUCAGGAAAAUACAGGCACUCAAUACAAACAUAAUAUCAGAGGGAAAUCUUCCUGCUGGAGUUCCAGGUGAAUCCACCAUGUUUGAUGGAGACCAGGAGACGUUUCAGGCUCGGUUAAAGAAGAGUUCAGGGAGACUGGAGGAUUACGGAAAAGAAAAAGAUAAAUCCAGCAAGUUUGAUGGAGACCAACAGACACCGUACUCACAUUUAAAGCUCAGUUUUGUGAGACUGGUGGAUUGUGGAAAAAUACAAAGCAGAAGAACAGCAGCUGAAGGUGAGCCGGAGGACAGGGCUCAUGAUGAUGAACGCAACAACAGUGAAGUUAUUGCUUUCAGUAAAUCCAGCAGGUUUGAUGAAGACCAGCAACCACUGCACACGCAAUUAAAGAUGAGUUCAGUGAGACUGGUGGAUUGCAGAAAAGCACAAAGCAGAAAAGGCGAACCAGAAGAUGAGGCUUACGAUCCUGAAUCCACAAACAGUUAUUUUAUUCCUUCCUGUAAAAUCAGCAGGUUUGAUGGAGCCCAGCAGAGACUGGAGGCUCGGUUAAAGGUGUGUUUGGUGAAACUGGUGGAUUGUGGAAAAAUAAAAGGCAGGGAGGCUGAAGCUGAACCAAACGACAAAUCCGGCUACAGGAAGUUGAUUUCUUCCAGCGAGUUCAACCAGUCUUCUGCUCAAGAGGAUGAAGUGCAAACGAUCCAAAAAAGGUCCCCCAGAAAACAUGGGUGCAGUAAGUGUUUCAGCAGUUCUUUAGAUGUGCACACAGAUGAAAAACCAUACCACUGCACACAGUGUGGAAAAGAGUUCUCACAACGAUCACAAGCGCGAAGACACCAGAGAGUUCACACUGGAAAGAAGCCUUACGAGUGCAAGUAGUGUGGCGGAAAAAAAAAAAAUGUUUCCCAAGGAUCACAACUUACGGUACACACCAGAGUAAAAUAUUACAAGUGUAAUAAUGGCAUUUGUUCAAUGUUCUUAUCUUAACGGCGACCAAAGAACACACACGCACAGGACUUUAGCCUUACUGCUGUGAUUUUCUGUGGAAAACGGUUUACACAGUGAACACAUCAACUCCCAGUGCAGCUCAGACUUCUGUCAUAACAUCUUACAGACUGUUACACACUGGAAGAUGCUUUACUGCCAGCAAAGGAUUCAAGAACAACCAGCCACAGAGGAUACACGCUUGGGGAGGGAAAAGCUGUACUGCUGCUCUGUGUCCCACAGCCUCAAUGCGCAGCUGAGAUACACACUAGGAAGAUGCUUCAUCAGUGUGCCUGAGCGUUUAGUUCGGCAGCUGUAAAUAUAACGAAGCAGAGCACGCUAGAGCUAAGUAAAGUAGAGAGUAUGUUAAAAAUCUCCAACAAGGUAACACAAGAGCAGCACAAGACUUAAAGUGCACAAUAAACUUACAAAUAUCACAAGUGCUCGUUAUUUACAGACCCAAACCGAGGUCUCUGUACUGACUGGCUAUAUAUAUAAAAAUACUUUGCUCUUUGCUGUUAAUGGAGGUCUCAGUAAUGACAUGUGGUAAUACCUGCUGUUUCGGCACCUUUCAACAGAAUGAGGAAAAUGUACUGCAUACUCGAUGAUCAAGAUUUUUGCUCUAAAACAGUUAAAAAAAAAAAAAAAAAAAUUUAGUGAGUAUAAAAAUGGAAAAAUAUUUUCUUUUUCUGUAAUACUAUUUCUAAAAUAUGUGCAAAUUCACACGAUUUAUUCAAUUCGAAUGUUCAAUUUAUUUAUUAAUUUUUGCUUUAUUUUUAGUUAAUGCUAAUUGCCUUCUUGGCGAUACGGUUGUAGUGAAAAGUGUUUUAUGAUAUUCUAUGAAGGAUAAUUUAAAGGCUUAUUCGAAAUACCUCACUUAAUCUAGCCAGCCUGACAACUUCUGAUAUAAAAUUCAUUAUACAUUAAAACAUCUUAUCUUUGUUCAAGUGUAGAAAAUAAAGCAGUGAAAUAAAAGAAAUGUAACAUACAGCAGAAGUUGUUAUAAAUAGUUUGCUAUACUGAAUGAAACCAUUCAAGUGUUUUUACACCUGAUUGUAUGUAUGUUUUUAGUUGGAUUGUUAUUAUUAUUAUUAUUAUUAUUAGAUUUCUAAUGUCUAUGACUUUGCCUUCUUUCCUAGUUUGUAUUUGUGUACGGAACUUCACCUUAUUAAACCGGGUUUUUAAAAAUGACGAUCCGACU